AUGCCAGAGGCCCCCCGAGGCGGCACUGAGCCUCAAAUUGCCACGCUUGUAGUCCGCAGCGUUUCAGAGUUCAAGACCCUGAUCUUAGCCCUGAAGGAUCGCAGGACACAGAUCCCGAUAGCUAGCUCUCACUUAGCACGGUUCAAGUUAUGGGCUGGCAGCUUGGGAGCUCAUCGUCCGUCCGGAAGUCGUUCUCUUGAAUAUCGCCUUCGCGACGCGUCCUUCAUUCGCAACCACAUCAUUUCCCUUCUCCGAGACCUCUACCGCACCAUCGAUGAAGGUACCUCAGCAGCGGAGGGAACGAAUCUCGAAGUUGGAAGGAAUGAGAGUUUGGAUUCUAUCGAUGGUGAACUUGUCGAGUAUUUCCAGCAUGACGAGAAGUCUGGGUCCGACAUUGACCAGAUUCUCGAAGAGAUCGGACAUGUGGUCGACUGUCUCCUCAGGCUAUCUAUAACGAUCAGCAACCCAGCUCCUCACGACCAAUUCAAAUCGAGAGUCGGGCUAGGCACGGCCGAGAUAUUCCAAGACUGGUACAUGAAGCACGUCUUGGAAAAGUUUACUCAGGUGGACACAAAGAGGGUAGAGAGACUCGGGAGGGCCAUGGCGCGGCGACAUCUAUACUUCAAGUACCGAGAGGAUCACUCUAACAAGCUGGCUGAGGGCUUAGACAGCGAUAAGCCAGAUAAUUAUGAACACAAGACAUGGCUGGAAAAGACAUGUCUUCAGUGA